CUCUGUCCGGAAUGAUGGUGCCUUGCAGAACAGAGGUGACAAUAAUGACUGUGACCUCUGCGUAGGGCACAGGCACGCGUAAUAUAAGCCUUCGAGGUGUAGCUAUACACUGUCUACGUGACUCCCAAUACACAAUAACUCCCCAUGAUGGCAGGGGAUCUCCCCGUAUCCACAAGCGAAACGGCCAGCACGCUGGCUCGCACCCUCCUAGUCUGAAAAUACCUGUCCGAGCUAGAUUUAACGCCUAAACAAUUCAUGGUCACGUUUAUGUCAUCCCUGGACCCCUCGUUGGUCUAUCGUCGGCGGCUCAUGAAAGUUGGCCUUGCUUUCAAGCAAACCCGAUCCAUAGUUCGCAACCUGGGCAAGCUUUCGCGGUCAUGUGAAGAGGGACGAGCCGACUGGGAGGACUUAUGCAUUAGGCCUCUGCCAUAGUCAAUUCGCAGGAAGUGCCUCGUGGGAAUUUUCCUACCGGGGCAUAUGUAAGUUCAAAUAAGAUUACGCCGGACUUUUUCAGCAAAAGUGCGGAGAGUCAUCGUGAGAAGCAAGUGGUAACAGGAAUGAAAUUCCUACACUCCCUGAUCCAUGGGAAGCUUGCCCUUGGUUUGAAUCAAUGCAAUCAGGCAGACCAACUCGAGG